UUGCUUGGUCUCAUUCUCACUUUCUCUCUCAGCCAUUGCUGAUAGUCUGAUACCUUGGGGAUGGGAAGGGCUCCUUGUUGUUCCAAGGUUGGGUUGCAUAGAGGUCCAUGGACUACUAGAGAAGACUCAUUGCUUACCAAGUACAUUCAGGCUCAUGGUGAAGGCCAUUGGAGAUCUUUGCCUAAAAAAGCUGGGCUACUAAGAUGUGGGAAGAGUUGCAGGCUAAGAUGGAUGAACUAUCUAAGACCAGAUAUCAAGAGAGGGAACAUAACCCCAGAUGAAGAUGAUCUCAUCAUCAGAUUGCAUCGCCUUCUUGGCAACCGAUGGUCUCUUAUCGCAGGAAGACUUCCAGGUCGAACAGACAACGAGAUAAAAAAUUAUUGGAACACCCAUCUCAGUAGAAAGCUCAUUAGCCAAGGAACUGAUCCAAAUACCAACAAAAAAUUGUUGGAGCCACAGAAGAAGAGAGAGAGGGACAUGAAAACCAGUAAUAGCAAGAAAAUCCAGAACAACAAGGUCAAAACCAAUGCAGAGCCUCAAAAGACCACAAUUCAUCACCCAAAGCCUGUCAGGGUUACAUCUUUUAGUUGUUUCUCUAUGUCAAGAAACAGCAGCUUUGAUUGGAAUACAGGUAGCAGGUGUUCGAGCUUUGGAGGAGAUGGAGAACUUUGUAUAGAGGUUAAUAAUGUUCCAUGGUGUAGUGAUAAUGUUAUUGGGGUUAAUGUACUUAUUAGUCAUGAUCCAGAUGAUGAUCUGCUUAAAGGUUCAACAUUUGAAGGCCAAUCUCAAUUGCCUACAUCUUACAACGGUACUCUAGAGAAGCUUUAUGAGGAGUAUCUUCAACUGCUCAAGGCAGAAGAAAAUGAUCAUGUGCAAUUAGACUACUGAAUCUUGGUCAAUCUGUCUAUAAAGAUUAUAGGUUAAAUGC